AUGAUUCUUGUCGUUCUCGCCCUGGUCAUCAUUAUUUACCAAGCAACCAAAGCAUUUUUGGACCCUUUGAAAGCAAUUCCUGGACCGUUCUGGGCUAGGUUCACCCGAGCUUGGUAUCUCCGAAAAGUCUGGCAUGGCGACUUCGAGAAGACCAACAUUGCGCUUCACGAGAAAUACGGUACGCAUCCGGUAGACACAGCUCCACAAGCCGACUGCUGUGGUCCUAUUGUUCGAAUUGCGCCAGGCCAGUAUAGCUUGAAGGAUCCAGAGAGUUUAAAGACCAUCUAUGGCCAUGGAACAUCCUUCACCAAGGGCCCGUGGUACGCAGCGAGUGGCAGCGCCGACCCGAACACACACGACCUCUUCACCGACCGUGACGCAAAGCGACACGGUGAUAACAGAAAAAAGGUUGCCAGGCUAUAUUCGAUGACAAGUCUCCUCGAUUACGAGCACCAUGUUACUGAACUCACGAAGAAGAUGGUGGCCAAAUUCAAAGACCUCGCAAGUGUCGGAUCUGAUAGUGAUUUGGGCAUCGACAUGCAACACUGGCUCCAGUGCUUCGCGUUUGACAUGAUUGGACUUAUCACGGUUGGCGCUCCCUUUGGAUAUAUCGAUCGACCUGAAGAUUCGCACACAAUGUUCAGUGCUUUGCAUGCGUAUCUCUUCUACUCAGCCAAUGUCGGCGUCUACGCCGAGUUUCAUUCCUUCUUGUCCAGAUUCACGGCUCUUGUCAAUGGCAGCGGCAUGUCCUAUAUGCUGGGCUUCACUCAAACGCAGAUAGCCAAGCAUGAAACACAUAACGAGAAGGCGCCGGCAGCCUCACAAGUAAACACCUCGACUUCGACAGACUUCUUGACAAAGCUACUUCAAAUCAAGCAAGAACAACCAAGAAAAAUUUCUGACGAGGACGUUUUUGGCGCCUGUCUAACCAACAUCGGCGCCGGCUCAGACACGACGUCCAUCAGCCUUUCAGGCAUUCUCUAUUGGCUUAUCAUAAACCCACGAGCCCACCAAAGACUGACCUUUGCUUCAUUUCACGUACAGCUGCAGAAAGAACUCGAUGAGAAAGCAGCCAAAGGCGAAAUCUCCAGCCCUAUCACAUUUUUAGAAGCACAAUCGCUACCAUAUCUGCAGGCAUGCAUCAAGGAGGGGCUUCGCUUGCAUCCCGCGACAGGUCUUCCUCUCUCUCGUGUGGUGCCCAAGGGCGGAGCCACUUUAUGUAAAUGGUUUGUACCAGAAGGGACUAUCGUCGGAGUCAACACUUGGGUAAUGCAUAGGAAUAAGGUCGUUUUUGGGGACGAUGCCGACGAUUUCGUGCCCGAGAGAUGGCUUGAAGAUCCGGAGCGCGCUUCUCACAUGGAUCGCUUCUUCAUGACGUUUGGGUUAGGGUCCCGGACCUGCAUCGGGAAAAACAUCAGCUUGAUGGAAAUUUCCAAACUUGUACCGGAGUUAAUUCGAUAUUUCGACUUCCGGCUUGCGAAGCCCAAUGAAAAGCUGGAAACUCAGAACGUUUGGUUUGUGAAACAGAAGAACUUCAGAUGCGUUGUCAGCCUGAGAAAAGAGUAG